AUGCAUCGUCCGCGUGACGGCAACCCCGCGGGCGGGCGCGCGGGGCGGGGCCUCGGGGUAAACAAGCGUGACGGCGUCGGGGGGCGGGGCCGUGCGGCCAGGCCCGGGGGCUUCCUGCGCGGGUCCGAGAGGGGAGGCGGCCGGGAGACGGGCGGCGCGCGAUGCCGCCUGGGAGCUGUAGUUCCAGGCCGCUGCCGGGAGCCCCCGAGAAGACCGUGGCGAACUACAAGUCCCAGAGAUCUUCCAGGGCCGCCCCGCCGUGCGGCCCGCCGCGGGCCCCGGACACCGGGAUCAGCUCAAAGGUCCACCAACAGCAAAAGAGAUGGUAAGCGCCAGCAUGGUCCCGCGCUGAAACACCAGCAGAGUAGCAACGGCGACCGAAUCACCGCAGCGCCGGGCAACGCGGACGAGCCGCAGCAGCGCGAUGAUCUCGGGCAGCCAGAGGCGGCGGGGCGCGCCAGAGGGCCACGUUUGCGUCAAGGACCCUUCUGGUACACCCCUCUGUCAGUGGCGGGCCCUGAUGAAGGGCCCUGCAGGGGUCUUCUGAGCGCCUGGGCCAGCUGGUGGCAGGGCUUGGGGGAGCUGAGGGCAGCUGAACUGCUUAGCAUCACAAACAGGAGGGAGGCCCUGUUUCCACUUGUCUGGAGGCAGCGGAGGCGCUGGGAGAGGGGGCUCUGCAUCUGGAAGCCAAUUCGAGAGGUGCCUCAGGGGGCGCGUGGGGCGGGCUCGCCCCCGCCUCACUGGCGUCUUCUCCGCAGGGAGCAGAGGGAGAAGGCGCCCUGCUCUGAAGCUGGUUCGGGCGGAGCAAAGGGCCCUGAAGACGCCGGGGCAUGGUCCCGAGCACCCGCACACCGAUGCCCGCUGCACCGCUUCCAUCAGUGCGGCCAAAACCCGUCUUCUCCAUCCUAG